UGACUUGCGUGAGAGGAUUUUGAGAGUAGAGUUGCAGAGAGCGAGAGGAAUCUUGAAUACUUGGGGUUUUUUCCACUUCGGUAUUUGUCUCAAUUUGAACUCAUUGCUCCAUAUUUCAGAAAUUAUGAAUAAUGCUGCUGAAAGGCCACUAAAUGGAGACGUAGAGGAUGAUGACGACGAUGAUGGUGCAGACCUUGAAGCCUGGGAGAGAACUUACGCAGAAGAUAGAUCAUGGGAGGCUUUGCAGGAGGAUGAAUCUGGACUUCUUCGCCCCAUUGAUACUACAGCCAUUUACCAUGCUCAGUAUCGCAGACGCCUUCGUAACCUUGCUGCCACUGCGGCUACUUCACGAAUUCAGAAGGGGCUUAUACGAUACCUGUACAUUGUCGUUGACCUGUCUAAGGCAGCAUCAGAGAGAGACUUCAGACCAAGUAGGAUGGCUGUGAUUGGGAAACAGGUUGAGGUAUUUAUCAGGGAAUUCUUUGAUCAAAAUCCACUUAGUCACGUUGGUCUGGUGACCAUAAAAGAUGGGAUUGCUAAUUGCAUAACAGAACUUGGUGGCAGUCCCGAGUCCCACAUCAACGCAUUAAUGGGUAAACUGGAAUGCUCAGGUGACGCCUCCUUACAAAAUGCACUAGAGCUUGUUCUUGGAUGUCUAAAUCAAAUCCCAUCAUAUGGUCAUCGAGAAGCUCUUAUCUUAUAUUCGGCUCUCAGUACGUGUGAUCCUGGUGAUCUCAUGGAAACCAUUCAAAAAUGCAAAAAGAGUAAAAUAAGGUGCUCAGUCAUCGGUCUUGCUGCUGAAAUGUUUGUAUGUAAACAUCUCUGCCAGGAAACGGGCGGGACUUAUUCUGUUGCUCUAGACGAGUCCCACUUUAAAGAGUUGAUCCUGGAGCAUGCACCACCACCUCCAGCAAUAGCAGAGUAUGCUACUGCUAAUUUAAUUAAGAUGGGUUUCCCACAACGGUCAGCUGAGGGUUCUGUUGCAAUAUGCACAUGUCAUGAAGAGGCUAAGGCUGGAGGGGGAUACACUUGUCCAAGAUGCAAAGUUCGUGUCUGUGAGCUUCCCACUGAAUGUCGAGUCUGUGGAUUGACCCUUAUUUCUUCACCCCAUUUGGCAAGGUCAUACCAUCAUCUAUUUCCUAUUGUGAUGUUUGAUGAGGUCUCUCCAUCUCAAAAUGAUUCUAGCCGCAGUUUUCCUAAUACUUGUUUUGGUUGUCAAGAAAGUCUUCUAAGUCAGGGAAACAAGCCUGGACUUUCUGUCAUUUGCCCAAAAUGCAAACAACAGUUUUGCCUUGAUUGUGACAUCUACAUUCAUGAGAGCUUACAUAACUGCCCAGGCUGUGAGAGUUCCAGGCAUUCUAAGUCUGUAACUGCUUCUUAAUGAUUGCUGAUCUUCUGCCGCAACUAUGGCCAUCUUGAUGGUGUUCUAUGUUGUCUCUCUGUAUUGACGUAUUGCAUCCACCUACUGCACCCAUGAAUUAGUCCGGUGCCAAGUGACUGACCGACAUUAUCAUCCUCUAUCACAAUGUUUUGGCGGCCCUUGAUGCCAGCCUUUGAUCAGUAAAUUCUUUGCAGGACAGACAACAGAAGUGAUGUUAUUUUUACAAGGGUGAGAUUGAACCAGCAUCUGAUAAUUUUCCUUCAUUCCCUUGCUGGAAAUUAAGGCACAUGUAAAAUGUCUCCAUUGCGUUUUUUAAUCAGUGGGCUGACACCAUUCUCGCCGGCAGAUAAAUUUUGAUCAUUAAAUGAAAUUGCCAUUGCUAGCUUUGUAUGAGAUA